GAGAGAGUAGAGUGGUGUUGAGUCCGUAUGUGGAAAACAUAUCCGCGCGUGCACACACUAGCCCGGGAUUAUCUGUCUGUUCUGAAUCUGAGAGAGAAAUGCAGGCAUGAAUAGGAGGUGGAUCUGGAUGUGUAGUGUCCUGGUGCAAGCACAAGCCGGUCAUGGACUUCAGACGCACAGACGCUAAACUGGCUUUCUCUGCAGAAGUGUCACCUUAAACCAAACCACAUCCGCAGAAUGCUGAGUCCUAUUGUUCCCUAUAGUCUGUUGAAGAUGCACUGGAACCCGGAGCAUGCCCAGCCCCUGAGCCAGUGGCCCGAGCAGCAUUUGGAUGUGUCCUCCACCACUUCCUCACCUGCCCACAAACCAGAGCUCUAUUCAGCACGUGGUCGUGGCUCCUACAGUUAUGCCUGGGCCAACGAUGACAUCUCGGCCCUCACUGCCUCCAACCUGCUUAAGCGCUAUGCUGAAAAGUACUCAGGUGUGCUGGACUCUGCCUAUGAGCGCCCUGCUGUAGGGGCCUACCCUGAGCCUGGUGCCUUCGGGACUCUUAGUGGCAGCCAGAAGAGUGAACUGGAGCCCUGGCCCCUCACACACAGCACUGAUUCAACUUACCCUUUGGUUCCCCCCUCUACUCACGAUGGUCUAAAGGUGGCCCCGACACCUACAAUGCCACCUGGCUCAGGCAGUGUCUCUGCAGGCAGCAGCAAUCUGUCAGACUCAGGCUUCAGUGGGAGCAGUUCAUGCAGUGGUCCCCACUCAAGUGACUACCCACCUAGCUACAAUGGUACCUACAUCUCAACAGGAUACUGCCCCCAAGGCAGCUCAGCACUUCCCCCAGCGCCACUUCAUGCCCUGCAGUCUGGCCCCACCCUCUUGCCCAGCUAUACACCCUCUGCACCUGUCUAUAACUAUCCCCCUUCCACCUACCCCCACCAGACCAGUCUUGCGCCCACCUACAGCCACCCAACUCCCCCUUACCUUCCCUCUGGUAUAGCUGCUCCAACUCCCAUCACUUCACGGCCCACGGUGGUAGGAGGCAGCUACAGUUACCAGAACAGUAGCAUUGGAGGCUCAGAAACAGCAGGUUCACUAAAGAGGAAAGCGUUUGAAAUGACCCCUGAAGAGGAAGAGGGGGAUGGAAGUUCACGCUACAGAAAAUAUAGCUAUGAAGCCUUAAAAUCUGGUGGAGACUCACCAUAUAGUGUAAGUGACAAAGCGGAAUGCAGAGGUAAUGGGUUUGUGGCUACAAGUGCAGACCCACAGGCAUUCAAGCCCAGCAAACCUGGGUCUCAACCAGGCAUUGCAGGUGACGAGGUGAGCAAAUACAGUGGCCUGAAGCCCCUGCUUUCGCCAGCAUAUGGAACAGCUGGUGACUACAGCCCCCCAACAGCCAUGACAGGAGAGAAUGGAGGGGCUGAGCAUGGCUUUCCACAGCAACAGCGUUCACUCAAGCGCUCUGAGCCACUCAAGAGCACAGAACAGCGUCUGCUGGAGGUGGUAAACAAUGAGCUACAGGACUGCACAAUGCCUCCUCUAUGGUCAGAUCUAGUUGGUCAUGCUCGUCUUAAAGCAGUUCUAGAAGAGGAGCUGCUGUGGCCAGCGCUGCGCUCUGACAGUUCAAUUCGCCCUCCCGUAACUGCACUUCUGUUUGGUCCACGUGGGGGUGGCAAAACCACACUGGUGCACUCCAUGGCCUCCCAGCUUGGGGCAACUUUCUUCAGGCUGAGUGGCACAACAUUAAUAUCCAAGUUUAAGUCUGAGGCAGAGCAGCUUUUGAGCAUGCUAUUCUCAGUGGCUGCAGCACGCCAGCCAGCAGUAGUGCUGUUGAGUGAACUGGAGGCCAUUGAGGAUGAUGAAGGUCUCAGACAGCUGCUGCAGGCCCAGUUAGAGAAGGUGCAGCAUGGCUUGGUGCUGGUAGUGUGUUCCACACGCCACCCAGAGCUUUUAAAAGAGCCGUUGCUGCGUUGUAUGUCCAAGCGUUACCAUGUCAACCUGCCGGAUGGAAGUGGGCGCAGACAGCUGCUGCUGCAAGCUCUUGGGCCUCAUGGCUGCAGUCUGAGUGAACAGGAGCUGGCUGCUGUGCUGCAGCGUUGCGAAGGAUUCUCUGCACGUGAACUACUGCAGCUUGGUCAGCAGGCCCUGGCUUCGGCUUCAGCUUCAAGCACUGGUCAGAUGCAUGGCAUUGGUGCGCCCCUCUCCUCGCCAGCCUUCAAAGACUUUGAGAGCGCUUUCUGUAAGGUGCGACCACAUGGGGCCCCCAAAGAACUGGACACUUGUAUGGAAUGGAGCAAGGUGUAUAGCCAAUAAGAGACAGUUCAGCCACUGGAAUCAGGACUGCUUAUCUUUGUGCAGAGGUAGAACACCUCGUGGAUACUUUUAUUUUUUUUCCCUUUCUGUUUUCUUUUUAUAGCUACAUACUUUGCAGCCAAAAAGGGGGGGUUAUUUUGGGAGAUUACAUUUUAUGGUGAAAAGACAUUUUAGAACGAACACUUUCUCGUCUUGGAAACAUGCCAUGGUGUGCUGUUUUUCUAUAAAUAAACAUAUACUUUAUUUUUCCCCCCAAAGAAAUUAAAUAUUAGGCAUUUAUCAGAGGGGGCAAUUGUUAGUUGUUUGCUGAUAGAAAACUAUUUUCUGCAAUUUCACAAGGAUUCUGAUCAGCCUUGAUCCUGGAAUAACCCUAGAUGGUAUUAAUAAUGCCCCACUAACUGCAAUUCUCAGGAUCCUAUUUAUUGCCUGUCUGCUCCAAUAGCAUUAUAUUUUUUAUUAUUUUGAUUUACUCUAAAUUGAUAUUUUGGUGUUAAACGGCUUGGGACAUAUUAAAGCAAGUGAAUUGUCUUUGACCAAAAAUUAUAAAAGGGCACCAAAUCCCUUUUAAAUGAUACCUGCCCUAUUGACAGCAUUUUACCAAAAGGCCACCAAAUUUUUAUGCAACCAUCUUGAAACCAACAAUAUUUUGCAAAACAAGUUCAUUGUUAGACCGUGCUCAUAUUGUGUGCACUUUGUUAAAGCACGGUCUUUUCAUGAAAAGUGUAUGCAUCUCUACCCAGAUUAGUAUUAAAGACAUUAGGUAGUAAGUGAGAAAGAGAAAAACUGGCCCUUACUUUCUGCACAAUCUGCUCUGUACACUGUAUAAACCAAAUACACACAUGGAAUAUAGUGUCCAAAUUGUUCUGGGGCAUUAAAAACCCAUAACCCCUACCCCUAUGAGUUCCUGCAGUCCAUCUCACAUUCCUCCUUCAGAUUUCUGAUUUCCUGAGAUAGUCUCUUUGGACCCUGGAAAUUCAAGAGCAAAAAAAAAAAAUGUCUAAUAUUCUCUUCUGCUUACUUUUUUUUCUUAGUAUAUGUAGUCUUGUUUGAAAUACUCAGGAAGAAUUUCUUUACCUCAGAAAUGAUAACGAAUGUAUGUAACCUUAGGGUCUUAGUAGUGAAUAUUGAGGUGGUUCAGAGUUGUAAGAGAGAAAGAAAGAGAGAUUGGUCACGGACCUGUACACACUGCAGCUGUGGUAUUACCUCAUAGGAGAAAACUUGAAAUGCUACAAAGACUAAUGUUGAAUGUAAUUCAGGUAUUUCAGGGGAUAUCUGAUGCCAUAAAAAUCCACAAUUUUUGUAAUUCUAUAUAAAUACAUAUUUCCUUCAUCCUUUCCAUUUAUUUUGGAUGUAGAUUUUGAUGAAGUGAUGAUUGUCUUCAUGAAACCUUCUUGUAGAUGACAGGUUGGAUGCUUGAUUUUGUUGGACAAACUGUUUAGAACUAGCUCAUUUUUACAUAAAUCAUGAUAAAUAUGAUUUUAUUGGCAACAUUGGUUUGUAUAGAUUUUAUAAGCACAGACACACAUGUAAUGCAAUAAAUUCUUCAGAUAGUUCUUCAAAAACCAACCCAAAGGCUAAUCAGAGCAGAUUUGUACUGGCAGCUAAUCAUGUCUAAUAAUCGGGCGUGUCAUGCAGGUUCUUGUAUAGUCAUUGCUGAUACACUCUACAUGUAGACAAUCCAGAAGCUUCUACCAAUGUUAAAGAUUUCGGCUUUUACUCCGAAAGCUGCCGAUUUCGCCAAUGCCAUUGUUCUGUAAGAUGAAACAACAGCAUUAAAAUCAUACAUAUAUUUGCAAGAGAUUGUAUUGUAUGGGAUUAUUGGAGCUUGUAGGUCACUCCUUUCUUCCCAUCCUGUUUUUUCUUUCUUUUUUUUUGGGUGAUCAUUUUCCUUGAACCCUAUAGCACUAUUUAGUCUUAGUUGGUGGUUUCUGACACAACAUAGAUGCAGGACAGUCGUGAGGAUCUGCUGCAUAUACACUGAUCUGAACUGACGAUAAAAGUACAAAACCCUGCAGACUUGCACUCUGACUACACAUGUUCUAGUGUUAAAGCAGAGCACUGCCCACAUUUAUUCCCCAAAUCUGAGAGAUCAUCUUUUAUGUAAGACUCAUAAGAUUAUUAUCCUUUUGGUUUCAAAUAUGAGUGUGCUAAAUUUUCAAUUUCCAAAUCUAUACAGCCAUGCUCAGUUAGCAGUUUGUUCAACAAAAGUUGCAUUUGUUAGCUGUUUUGAAUCUAUUAGUACAGUAACAUUGAUCUAGGUUCUUGUUCUUGUACAUUUUCUGUAACCAUUUCUACCUCAUUUUUUUUGCAACAUAUUGUACAUGAAAGUAUUUAUUUCAUGUCUUUUUUGAUGUCUGUUUUGAAAAGGAUAAUGUUCUUGAACUGUAAUAGUCUACCUCAAAAAAAGGCUGUAUUUUAAGA